UGUCAAUUAUGUUGUACUGCAUUUAGCUUUUAUGAGCACAAUCUUUUUUAAAAAAGAAAAGAACCAAAAAGAAAAAAAAAAAACCCCACUCGCGAAAGUGUGACACUUUCAAUUGUAUGAAUUAGAAAUGUGCAUGUCGAGCUCAUUUGUUAGAAUUAGUGUAUUUUAAGAAGGGGGUGAAUUGAGUAUUUAAAAAAUUAUCUCCUUGGUUCAACUAAACCAGUGGUAGUAAUACAUAACCUAAAGUCUUUCUAAGCAUAUAUCAAUUGCGCAGAUAAAAUUAAUAUGUAGAAAUUAAAUCAUGCACAAAAUUCAUAAUAUAUCGAACAUAACAUACAUGUGCAGGAAUAUAAAGUGUUGGAAAUUAAAAAUAGACAUACGAUAUGUUAUUGCGGUUCAGCCAAUACUGCCUAUGUUCUUGACUCAAGCUCACAAGCAAGAGGAUUCUACUAUGAUUGUUCGUUCAAAGUUCAAUUGUACGAAUUAGAAUGUGCGCGCUGAGCUCGUUCAAAGUUCAACCUAUUACUGAUGAAUUAAAUAAUUAAAACAUAUAUAAAAAUGUUAUGACAAUGCAAAUAGAACUUCUCAUCGUGCUUAUGCCUACUAACUUACAUGUUUAGCCAAAUAUAAGGAAAUGAAAUUAAAAAUAAGGGAAUGAUUAAAUAUACAUUGGGUUUGUAGAUGAUCCUUAUUAACCACAAAUAAAAUUGCAAGUUGAAUUCAUCAAAUUUCUAAUGCUACAUUUGCGAGCAUGAGUUUUUGGACCUUAGAUUUGGAUUUGGAUAUAUUUCAAUAAAUUUCAACACAAUUUUGCAUUAAAUUUUAUCCAAAUUUAAAGUCAAGACCUUUCCAAACAUGGGUAAACCUCGUGUUUUAAAGCUUUACAUAUACAUUUUUUAUGAAACAUUAUUUGAAAUGAAUAUGAUUAAACAUUUUACAAAAUAGAAAAUAAUUGUGAAUGUGUAAAAUCACAUCAAAAUAGUAUUCAAAUUUAGUUAUUUUUCCGACUUCACGAAAGCUAAGGUGUGACAUGGUUGUAAUUACUUUUCUUUUCGUGCUAGUAUUGUAGGCCCGCCUUCACAUUUAAUCAAAUUCUUUGAUUAUGUGGCUAGUUCCUUUAUUCUAAGUUGCACUGAGUUGGCCACUUAACUCUAAAUCAAGUUAGUUUUUGGUCUCAUUCUAGACCUAAAUUGAUCCAAUCAUGUCGGUUCUGAAAAGACAAAUUGAAUUGUGACAUAUGAUACUUGCUCAUUCAUGGACCAGGACGUCCCCAAGCCUGUUGGAGUCAAAAAAUAAAAAAUAAAAGCACCCACUAAUCACUUUUAAUAUAUGAAAAGAAUUAAUGAGUACAGAUUUUUAAAUGUGCUAAUUAGAAAUACAAAACUAAAAUAAAAUUACUUUAUUUUUUCAUAAAUAAAUAAAAAAAUAACAGCCAUAAACAAGAGCAAGAAUCAAGAUUUGGGGCCCCCAGGGCAUUGGCUUGGUGGAUUUCAACUGACAUAUAAGAAGGAAAGUUUGGGAUUCAAGUCAUGGUUGAUGCAUUGGUGACAUGAAAGCGUGAUUAUUCACGUUGGAUGCCGCCGCAUGUGUCCCUUAGCGGGACUGGCCAAAAUGUCCAACUGACUGAUUUGAACUAGUGAUUGGAUCCGAUUAACCUGGCCGACGAACCAGGGGAGAAGGCCGCCGACCCAUGAGGUUGGUGCCACAUCGGGAGGAUCUAAAGAGUGGCUCAUCGAUGGAUGGAGUCCUACAAUAAUAAUAAUAAUAAUAAUAAUAAUAAUAAUAAUAAAAGAAUCAAGAUUUGGGAACAAAUAAAGAAGUCAAAAAAGAAAGCAAACAGGCAUGGGGUCACCAAAUGGAACAGAGGAUUCGGAUUCAAAAGUUGGAUAUGGUUGCGCUGUGCUCCAAAUUGGCUUCACACGUUUAGGAGAGCGACCAUUUCCAUGGACAUGGGGACGUUAAGCUCGACAACAUUCUCUUCCCUCCAAUUCCUCAAUCCUUCGCUCCACUCUCAGGUGCUGGCCUCCAGCUCCGUACAGUCACUGUCACUGUCCUCCGCCGCGUGCCGCCGCAGAUUUUACAAACCCCUUCGAACUCCCAGCAUUCCUCCUUCCCCUUCGUUCCUAAAACCUCUCACUGUUGCAUCUUCUCUCGGAAACGAACCAGUUAACGACUCAGCGACUCGGGUUGCUGCCGGAGAUCAAUCCUUUGCUCUGAAGAAGAAGGCACUGGAAUUGUCUACCGGACUGAAAGCAAGUUCUAUAUUUCUUGUGGGCAUCAACAACACAACAAAAGCUAAUUUGGGACAACUUCUAGCAGAUGCAUUAGGAUAUUAUUACUUUGACACUGAUAGUUUGGUUGAGGAAGCUGCUGGUGGGAAAUCUGCUGCCAAGUCUUUAAGAGAGGAAGAUGAGAAAGGAUUCUGUGACUCUGAGACUGAAGUAUUGACGCAGUUAUCGUCCAUGGGCCGGCUGGUGGUUUGUGCUGGAGAUGGUGCAGUUCAGAAUCAAACUAAUCUUGCACUUCUGAGAUACGGGAUUUCGGUAUGGAUAGAUGUUCCCCUUGAACUUGUGGCCAAGGAGUUAGUAGAUGAUAGGAGUCAAUUUCCCACAUCCCAAUUGUCUGCUUCAGGAUCUCAUUCUGAGGUACUGAGUCAGCUAGAGCUGCAGUUUGAAGAAAUGAGAGAUGGAUAUGCUACUGCAGAUGCAACUGUUUCACUCCUAAAAGUGGCAUGCAAAUUAGGCUGCGACGACUUCCAUGCAGUAACUGCAGAAGACAUGGCUAUGGAGGUCCUCUUGGAGAUCGAGAAACUGAGAAGAGUAAAAACGAUGAUGGACGAGGCUGGUAGACCCUUUUAGACCACAUUAUAUUCGACAAGUUUCACGAGUUUAUUUGCCAAUCUUUGCUGCAUCCAUGUAUACCAGCUUCUUUGCCAGUAAUCCCAUAUGAGAGCUUUUUGUUCAUCUGUGUCUUGUAAAAAUUUUGAUCUGAGAACAUGGGGGAAAAUGUCACUUGUCUUUGUGAGAUGUCUGAUCCUUGGAUAAAAAGAUUCAUUUCUUGUUGCUGGA